AUGAGUAACUCCCUUUUGUCGCAAGAAAGUUGGUCUGGACGUCUCUACACUGCUGUUGAUAUUGCGAUUAUUGGUGCUGGGCUGUCGGGUUUGACAGCAGCAUAUAGGAUUUUAAAGAAGGACCCAAGUCUGCGUGUAAUUGUGCUAGAAGCGAAGGAUGAUGUCGGGGGACGGACGCAGACAGUGCUACUAAAAGUUGCUGGAGGAGGCAAAGAACCAUUUGAUGUUGGUGGCCAAUGGGUUGACUCUGGGCAGGAUGAUAUAAUGCUGUUACUGGAUGAGUUAGAAAUAACUAGCUUCCCACAAUACAGAGAUGGAAAGAAAGUUUUUGAAUUUGGAGCACAUUUGAAAACAGAAGACAAUUGUUUUAUCCCGGCUUGUUCAUGGUACUGUCGUUUUCAACUGAACAGCUUUGUAUGUAAGGUAGAGAAUAUAAUGAAAAGAAUCAACUGGAAUGAGCCAUUAGAAGAUCCUUAUGUUAAAGAAUUAGACAGCAUGACGCUGGAAACUUUUCUCAAUUGCCAUCUUCAAACACAAUUAGCUGUUGGUAUCAUGAAAUCAUUCAUUCAGACGUGCAUAGGGGCUGAGUCUUCUCAGAUUUCGGCAUUAUAUUUUAUAUCAUUUGUUAAUGGAAAACAAGGAUUUAUAAACAAGCUGAAACUGAUAUUCCCAGGGGACGACACCCAAAGAAUUAUGAAUGGUGCACAUUAUAUAUCAAUGAGGCUUGCUGAGGAAAUUGGAGAUUCUUUGGAACUGGGUGAUAACGUUAUAGAAGUAGUUCAGCUUGAUGAAACAGUUGACAUUAUGACAGCAAGUCAAAAAUUAUAUCGGUGUCAAUAUGCAAUAAUGGCAAUACCACCAAGUGAGGUGCAGAAAAUAUAUUUCAUGCCACCUCUGCCAGCUCAACACAAGAAGCUCUUAGAUCACUUUCCUGCUGGCCAUAUGAUAAAAUUUGUGGCAACCUACAAUGAGAACUUAAAAAUACUAAUGAUAGUGAUAACAUGCAGGCUUUUUGGCGUGAGAAAGAAUUGUCGGUUUCCGAUUAGCAUGACGUAUGACCUGACCACUCCUGGGGGUCAUCCAGCAAUUGGGGGCCACAUAACUGGCAGCCAAAUGGACUCCUUCAUACUUAGGAGUGCUGAAAAACGAAAGCAGUUGGUAUUACACCAUCUUUUGAAACUGUUUGGAGAGGAAGCUUUAAAACCUAUCGAUUAUGUAGAAAAAAAUUGGUGUGAAGAAUUAUACAUUGGUGGAUGCCCAAUUCAAUACCUUACUCCUGGUGUUAUGUCAUGCAAACAUUUCAUGAGGCAACCCUUUAUAAGGGUGUACUGGGCUGGAACAGAGGCUGCUGUAUCAUGGUUUGGAUACAUGAAUGGUGCCGUGCAGGCUGGGAAUGUGGCAGCAUUGGAGACUUUAUAUCAACUACGACCACAGUGUCUCACGGCUCGUGACCUGAUACUAGUUCACAGAUGCUUUCCAGUAACAAGACCACCAUCUGGAAUUCCCUGGUGGCUACUAUGGGUAUCACUGGGCCUUUUUGGAGUUGCCUACAUUGCUUAUCGCAUGUACAAACGAUAAUAGCUUUCGAAACUGUUAACCAAGUGUGAUACAGGUUUUUGUUUAGGAUCAGAUGUAAUUCUACUUACAAUAAGUACAUGCAAAAG